AUGGCAGACGGAAAAUUGCUAGAGGGCUCGUCGCCCGCGGCUCGCUCGCGGCUGGCGUCGGCGACCACGACGCCAUCUAAACCGAAGAAGGUGCAUUAUCCGUUCUGGUUCGGGGGUUCGGCGUCAUGCUUUGCGGCCGCUGUGACGCAUCCUUUAGACUUGGUCAAGGUCCGGUUACAAACACGCGCACCCGACGCUCCGAGGACAAUGGUGGGCACUUUUGCACAUAUCGUGAGAAACAACGGAAUUACGGGAUUAUACGGCGGACUCUCCGCAGCAAUCCUCCGGCAAUUGACCUAUUCCACCACGCGCUUCGGCAUCUACGAAGAGCUAAAACAACAUUUCGCCUCUCCCUCGCCAAACUCGUCCACAUCAUCCCCGGGCCUAUUCACACUCCUCGGCAUCGCCUGCACGUCAGGCUUCAUCGGCGGGUUUGCCGGCAACCCAGCAGACGUGCUCAACGUCCGCAUGCAACAUGACGCCGCGCUCCCGCCAGCGCAACGACGAAACUACAAACAUGCCCUCCAUGGCCUGGUACAGAUGACCCGCACGGAGGGGUUCGGCUCACUCUUCCGCGGCGUGUGGCCCAACUCGACGCGCGCGGUGCUUAUGACGGCAUCGCAACUCGCUUCCUACGACACAUUCAAGAAACUCUGCAUGGAAAAGGCCGGUAUGGCCGAUAACCUCGCUACACACUUUACGGCCUCAUUGAUGGCCGGGUUCGUUGCGACCACGGUCUGCAGCCCCGUCGACGUGAUCAAGACCCGCGUUAUGACCGCGUCGCCCGCGGAGACCCGCGGCCAUACCAUCCUGGGUUUGCUGCGCGAUAUCUGUCGCAAGGAGGGUCUGGCAUGGACGUUCCGUGGCUGGGUGCCGAGCUUUAUUCGCUUGGGUCCUCAUACCAUUGCCACGUUUCUCUUCCUCGAGGAGCAUAAGAAGCUCUACCGACGAUUGAAGGGUAUUCCGAAUGAGGUCUAA